AUUGUGUGAAUGGCAUCGGGUUUUAACGUUGAUUGCGUCGCUCUGUGCAUUUUGGUUGACUACGCUCAGUCGAAUUUAGGAUUUGUAAUAAGAGUAGGUCGAGUGUGAAUUUACUGUUGAAUUUACUGUCGAAGUUUGUUUCGUACUGCGUGCUGGUGUGUGUAAAGUCAAUCAAAACGUGACUGGAUUAUUAUAGCAACAAUACAUAAACUUGUGAAUAAAGUUUAAAAGUCGGAGAUCGCCAUGGCUGAUGCAUCACAGGUUCAAGUCAAGCAACCGGGUUCAACCGGUCCGAGCGGCCAGCAAUGGAUGCCCAUACCACAAGGGAUCCAGGGUGUGCCUCGAGGAUUGGAAUACCUGACUCAGAUAGAUCAAGUACUGAUGCACCAACAGAUUGAGCUGUUUGAAGCGCUAACGAACAUCGAGACGAAGAAUCGAUAUGCCCUCAAGAACUCGCUCGGUCAGCAAGUGUACUUCGCCUUUGAAGAGUCGGACUUCUGUGAAAGAAUAUGCUGCGGUCAGUUCCGAAGCUUCGUCAUGCACAUUGUGGACAACGCUAACCAGGAAGUGAUCCGCUUGGUUCGUCCAUUCCAGUGUUGCGCUGGAUGUUGCUGGUGUGCUGACAAGGAUAUCUGCAGCUACAGAAUCUCAGUUGAGUCACCCCCUGGAACGGUGAUUGGCACCAUCCGGCAGAGAGGGAGCAAGUGGAAGCCGAUGUACGAGAUCUGCGAUGUGAAUGAUCAGCCAACUCUGAAGAUCCGAGGGCCAUGCUGUGCUUGUCAGAUGAUCUGCUGUACUGGUGAUGUAGACUUCCAGAUAAUGGGAAUGGAUGGAGUGACCGAAGUGGGGAAGAUCAGCAAACAGUGGGGUGGUUUCUUCCGUGAGGUUAUCACCCAAGCUGACAACUUCAGCUGCACCUUCCCGAUGGACUUGGACGUGAAAAUGAAGGCAAACAUCAUCGGAGCAACUUUCUUGAUUGAUUACAUGUUCUUUGAGAACAAGGAUAAUAAUAGUUAGUUUUGGACACCUAUGAACAUGAAUGGAUCGCAGAAUUGAAGAGAACCUUAUCAGCACAGGCCAAAUAUAACACUCACAAUGUAGCAAUUUUACAGUUAUCGCUAAUGAAUUUCUGUAUGUAAGAUUUGCACUAUGUCUAAUCAGAAUAGUCAUGUUUCUGACAAUAAUUAUAAUGAUAGCAACGGCCGAGGCAUAAAAGUCCAGGGGUGGAUUUCACAAAGAGUUAGGACUAGUCUUAUCUCGAGUGAGGACCAGUUACUCGUCCUAACUUGGGA